UCCCCUUGUAGUGAGCAUGAGAUUAAAGUUUAGAACUUUUUUAAACAAUCUUUUCUUUUUUUGUGGUUGUGUACUCAUUAUUGCUUGUUCGUCUUUUGCAAUUUAGAUAAAUGAUAUAACAUUAAACUCAAGGUGGUUGAGUUGCAGUAGGGAGUCGGAAGCAAGCCAAGGGAACAUCUUUCUCUACAGGGGACUUGGCGAUUCCAAACCCCCAAGGUUCCAAGAAGAAACUGAAGACACCUGGAAUCUGUACUUGCUUUGUGCUAUUGAGCUGUGCUUGUUAUAUGGACCUUGUUGCUUGACCAACAGAUUUAGCAUUUAAAAAUCCAGUUAUUUUUGAGAAAUCUUGACCUCUUAGCUCUUUGUGGACAGUUGAGAAUUCAAGGCAUUGUUAUAAUAGAUUUUCCUUAUGUAGAAGUCAGGCUUUCAGCUUAGUCUUCAAAAGUUAGAGUGCAUGCAUAACUUGUUAGUUUUCAUAACUGGACAGUAGAUAUUUUAUAGAAAGCUAUCUACAGUGUUAGAGAGAAGUGAACAGUUUAUGUACUUUUCCAUUUCUCAUUGAGGGAAAAUUUCCAGGCAAGCAAACACUUUCCUUAUUAGUAAAUGCAAGAAUUUGUGGAUGUUCCAUGAUGGUUUUUAAAGUUAAUAAAUGUAAGGCCCACUAACAGCCAUAGUCUAAAAAUACUUACGAAAUCCACAAAGGAUUAACAGGCUCUCUGAUGGCUUUUGGUAGAGUGAGAGAGAAUUUGGUAAUCUGUGCUAGAGAUUAUAUUGCUGAAAAACUACUAGGGAAAGCUAUUUUUAAAAUAGUAAAGAAUAUAUAUGUAUCUAAGCCCCUAUGAUAGACUUAAAAAAUACUAAUUUAAAUGAGUUUUAGGUUGGUCAGUUGGUUUGUUUUGAAGUAACCUGUUUCUCUUCCUGUCAUGUCUUUUUGCAGAAUCCAGACUCCAAAAUGAUGCAAAUCAACCUGACUGGGUUUUUGAAUGGAAAAAAUGCUAGAGAAUUUAUGGGAGAACUGUGGCCCCUGCUCUUAAGUGCACAAGAAAACAUCGCUGGAAUCCCUUCUGCUUUCCUAGAACUGAAGAAAGAAGAAAUAAAACAGAGACAGAUUGAACAAGAAAAGUUGGCAUCUAUGAAAAAGCAAGAUGAAGACAAGGAUAAGAGGGAUAAGGAAGAAAAAGAAAGCAGCAGAGAAAAGAGGGAGCGGUCUCGAAGCCCAAGAAGACGCAAAUCCAGAUCUCCUUCCCCUAGAAGACGAUCUUCCCCUGUCAGGAGAGAGAGAAAGCGCAGUCAUUCUCGAUCUCCCCGUCACAGAACCAAGAGCCGGAGUCCUUCCCCUGCUCCAGAGAAGAAGGAAAAAACUCCAGAGCUCCCAGAGCCAUCAGUGAAAGUAAAAGAACCUUCAGUACAAGAGGCCACUUCUAACAGUGACAUCCUGAAAGUUCCCAAGCCUGAACCAGUACCAGAGCCUAAAGAACCUUCUCCGGAGAAAAACUCCAAAAAGGAAAAGGAAAAGGAGAAGACCCGACCAAGAUCUCGGUCGCGUUCCAAGUCAAGAUCCCGGACACGUUCUCGCUCUCCUUCUCAUACUCGACCGAGAAGGCGCCAUAGAUCCCGAUCAAGAUCAUACUCACCUAGAAGGCGGCCAAGCCCAAGAAGACGGCCAUCUCCUCGAAGAAGAACUCCACCGAGACGAAUGCCUCCUCCACCAAGGCACAGAAGGAGUAGAUCUCCAGUGAGACGAAGAAGGCGUUCAUCGGCAUCCUUGUCCGGGAGUAGCUCGUCCUCUUCUUCAUCUCGUUCCCGGUCACCGCCAAAGAAGCCUCCAAAGAGGACAUCCAGCCCCCCUCGAAAAACUCGUAGGUUAUCUCCUUCAGCAAGUCCUCCGAGACGAAGGCACAGGCCAUCACCUCCAGCAACUCCACCACCAAAAACUCGUCAUUCCCCGACACCCCAGCAGUCAAACCGUACGAGGAAAAGUCGUGUUUCUGUCUCUCCAGGGAGAACUUCAGGUAAAGUGACAAAACAUAAAGGUACUGAGAAAAGAGAGUCCCCUUCACCAGCACCCAAGCCUAGAAAAGUAGAGUUAUCUGAAUCAGAAGAAGAUAAAGGUGGCAAAAUGGCUGCAGCAGAUUCUGUGCAGCAGAGACGCCAAUACAGACGACAGAACCAGCAGUCUUCCUCUGAUUCUGGCUCCUCCUCUUCCUCAGAAGAUGAGCGACCCAAAAGGUCCCAUGUGAAGAAUGGUGAGGUAGGCAGGCGGCGGAGACAUUCCCCUUCCCGGAGUGCCUCUCCAUCACCUCGAAAGCGCCAGAAAGAGACUUCCCCUCGGAUGCAGAUGGGAAAGCGAUGGCAAUCGCCAGUGACUAAAAGUGGUAGACGGAGGAGAAGCCCCUCCCCACCGCCUGCCAGAAGGCGCCGUUCUCCUUCUCCUGCUCCUCCGCCUCGUCGACGCAGGUCUCCCACACCACCACCACGACGCAGGACUCCUUCUCCUCCCCCACGUCGUCGCUCACCUUCCCCAAGAAGAUACUCUCCUCCAAUACAGAGGAGAUAUUCUCCUUCUCCACCUCCAAAGAGAAGAACGGCUUCACCCCCUCCCCCUCCUAAACGAAGGCCAUCACCGUCUCCACCACCAAAGCGUCGGGUCUCCCAUUCGCCACCUCCCAAACAAAGAAGCUCCCCAGUCACCAAGAGACGUUCGCCUUCGUUGUCAUCAAAGCAUAGGAAAGGGUCUUCCCCGAGCCGAUCUACCCGGGAGGCCCGGUCACCACAACCAAACAAACGGCAUUCGCCCUCACCACGGCCUCGAGCUCCUCAGACCUCCUCAAGUCCUCCAGCUGUUCGAAGAGGAGCAUCGUCAUCACCCCAAAGAAGGCUGUCCCCAUCUCCAAGUUCUAGGCCCAUUAGGAGAGUCUCCAGGACUCCGGAACCCAAAAAGAUAAAAAAAGCUGCCUCACCAAGCCCUCAGUCGGUAAGGAGGGUCUCAUCUUCCCGAUCUGUCUCGGGAUCUCCUGAGCCAGCAGCUAAAAAGCCCCCAGCACCUCCAUCCCCUGUCCAGUCUCAGUCACCCUCUACCAACUGGUCACCAGCGGUACCGGUUAAAAAGGCUAAAAGCCCAACACCAAGCCCAUCACCGGCAAGGAAUUCAGACCCAGAAGGAGGUGGAAAGAAAAAGAAGAAAAAGAAGGACAAGAAACACAAAAAGGAUAAGAAGCACAAGAAGCACAAAAAACACAAGAAGGAAAAGGCUGUAGCUGCAGCUGCUGCAGCUCCUGUGACCCCUGCAGCCAUUGCUGCUCCCACAACCGCGUCAGCACAGGAAGAACCAGAGGCAGAGCCAGAGCCUAAGAAGGAGACUGAAAGUGAGGCUGAAGAUAACCUUGAUGACUUAGAAAAGCACCUGCGUGAAAAGGCCCUGAGAUCAAUGCGGAAGGCUCAAGUGUCCCCACAGUCCUAGGUGGAAAUGUUUGUUAUGAUGUAAAUUUUAUUUGGUUUGUACGCAAUUCAGUUUCAAAAUUGCUAAAAAUGUGUUUGAGCUUUAGACUAUAACAUUUGUUGUAAUAAUUGCUAGGUUGAAGUUCACCAUGUAAAAAAAAAAGGGCAUGGAUUUACAUUGCAAAAGGUGUCCACAGUGUAUUAGUGACAUUCUUUCAUUGACAGCUGACAUAAAUUCAUUUAGAGUGAAAUAUUUUAAGCCAAAAAAAAAAAAAUCCCCUUUUUAAAAAAGGGGGUUUAAAUAUUGUUGGCAUUCUUAUGGUUCCAUUAAAUGCCCCUGUCUAUUCCCAGAGGUUUUUCUUUCUACUUUUUCUUUCUUUUUUCCUUUUUCUCAUUUGAGUCUUAGCACCCAUUUAAGUUAUGAUGCUUCCAACCUUGUAUGGUUUUUGCAAGCUUUCCCAGAAAUAAGACCACUGUUGAACUACCACAAAAGUAUAAAUGAAUAUUUUAAUGCCACAAUCUUUCCUGUUGCCUGUGGAGUCUCUGCUGAAAUGAAUCAGGAUUCGAGCUCUAGGAUGAGACAGAAAAUGAAAGCAUGUUGUUUGCCAGGACACUGUGGGUUUAUAUUGAUGUGUAACAAGUUGAUUUGGAACACUGGAAUUUCACUCUGUUCUGUUUAUUUUUAUUUUUUGUAAAGGCAGUUAACUAGUCCCAGGAAGGAUCCUUCAGUUACAUAAAAUUUUGUUUUAUGAAA